AUGGAGAUCAUAGACACCAAACGGCUCCUAUCGGUGUCGUCCCACGUGGCCCAUGGAUAUGUGGGUAACAGAAGUGUUGUUUUUCCACUUCAGUUCUUGGGCUGGGAUGUGGACGCUAUAAAUACCACAGACUUCCUGAACCAUCCAGGAUAUGGCACAUUUGGAGGAAGAAAGUCUGAUCCAGAGACGAUUGAGAAACUUUUUAAUGGACUAGAGACAAUCCAGGAUCCCAAUGAUCCGUAUAAGUUGUCGUUGGUCGGCUACUGUCCCAGUGCAGGCAUGUUGGAGGUAGUAUAUGACCAUAUAGAGAAGCUCAAGAAGGCCAAUCCGGAUAUGUUGGUGGUUGUGGAUCCUGUUUUGGGCGAUAACGGGAGGUUAUACGUUCCCGAAGAAGUCGUGCCAGUGCAUAAGGCUUUCUUUGAGAAGGGACUUGUUUCUUUGGUUACUCCUAACCAGUUUGAGUUAGAGCUUCUUACAGGUAUAAAGAUUGAUAGUUGGGAUGCUGCCAAGAAGGCGUUGCUUGAGUUUAACAAACUAUACAAAGUGCCUUCUGUGGUGCUUCUGUCGCUUGUUGUGGAUGGUGAAAUGGCGUCGAUUGGCUUAUCGAAGAACGACCAGGCUGUGGAUAUCUUCAAGGUCAAUAUCGACGAGAUCGGGUGCUCUUUCAACGGCUGUGGAGAUGUCUUUGCAGCGCUUCUCACCCACGAGUUCCAUCAAAACGGGUAUGUUCUUUCGUCUACCGUUCUAGGCUCAGUUGUGGCUAAAAUGAACAAGAUCCUUCGUGUCAGCUACGCUGUGGAGCAACAGAAAACCGGCAAACAACCCCAAACUGUCAAGGACAUAGCGCUAGUAGUGCUGAGGCAUAUUUUCACCAGCAACGAGGCUCCUGGGGCCCAAGUGCUGAAGCUCACAUAG